AUGAAAAAUUAUGAAAUUUUCUAUAGAGAUGAAAAGAAACUACUAUUUGAAAAUUUUGAAAGGGACAUAAUAGAAUUGUUAAAGACCCAUAAUGUAUUUUUUAUUAUUGGUAUAUUGGAAUUUGAGGAAUUUAUAAAGUUAUCCUUGAUUUUGUAUGAAAAGAAAUUUCACACAUUAAAUGAGAACAGUAGAUUGUGCAUAACUUUUCCUGACAACAUUUUUGCUCGUAGUUAUGAUUUAAUUGAUGACGAUUUGAGGGAAUUUUUUACCCCACUAUUAAAUGAUUAUGAUGAGAAAGAUGGAAAUGUCCAUCGAAAUAACAAAAUAGUACUUUUGGAUGAAUCAAAAUUGCUUCAGAAAAUAUUAUUUGAUCCCCUCUUAAUUGAAUUUAACAUAAUAAUUUUAACAAAUGUCCAUAGGAGGUUAACAAAGACGGACUUGAUAUUAUCACUAUUGAAGAAAAUUCUUUUGAAAAGAAAUGAUAUAUUUAUUUUUAUUUUUUCAAAUUUUUUUAUUGAAAACGUGCUAAACUUUUUUAGUUCGCAUGGCAGUGUACAAAUUUGUCAAAAAAUAGAGUCAUCCAUCGGAGAUGAAAAGGAAGAGUGUGAGAGUGUUGAUAUUCAAUGUGAUGUGAGUAAUUUGGAAAAAUGGAAAGAGGAAACUGAACACCAUGAGAGGAAAGAUGAUAAAACGGUGGAAGAGUUUGAUGAUAAGAAAUUAUGUCGUUUUCACAAAGGAGAACAAUCCAUCAGUGCUAGGAGGGAAAGUAAUUUACAAACAAAUUUUGACAACACGGAAGAUAUAAAAAUUGAAAAAAAAGACACCAAUGAUUAUAUCCCUGCAAAGACAUUGGUACAUCAAAAUGAAUGGAAAGAUUUAACUAAGGAGAAUGAGAAAAACGCAGAUAAUUUCAUCUUAAAGAAUGAUAUUUUUCCACAGUAUCACUUUUAUAAGAAUAAGCAUGAGAGAAGAAAUUAUGGAAAAGGAAGUAUAGAGGGGAAAAAAUAUUUUUCUCUGAAAAAUAAAAAAUUGAAGGAUAUAAUAAGUAGGAGGAAUUAUUACGCAAGAAGUAGGAGCAGUACACUAUCGAAUGAUGAAGAGGGGAAUGAAAAUUGCAUACCCCGAGAGGAAAAUGAAAAUUUUGAUUUGUCCUCUUCAGACAUGGAAAAACCGGUGAAUAAGAAAAUAAAACAUAAGAAUUCCAUUGAGGGAGCAAUAAAAGGAAGAAAUGUACCACAUUUGAUAUUUGAGAAUUCUGCAAGGCACUCUCUGAUGUAUGACUGUAAGGAGGGCGUAGAUUUUAUGACACCAAAGAGCAAUCAUAUACCUCACAAUGGAAAAGGAGAAAUUAACAAAAUGUUAGAAGAAUGGAAAGAAUUUGCAGAAAGGUUAGGAAAAGUGAACAAAAAAAUUAACAUUUUCGUUUUUCACAUUUCUAAUGAGAGUAGUUAUAAUAAAAGAAAAGGGAUAAAAAUGAGCCAGUCCACUUGCGACAGUAUUUAUUAUUUAAAAAAUAGAUGUUCAAAUUAUUUACAUACAAGUAUUAUGUUAGCUAAUAAAUUAUUUAAAAAUAAAAAAAAAAGUAGAGAAAAUAUACUUAUUUUUUUAAAUAACGAACAUGAAAUAGAUGUAGUUAUGAAGGGUUUUCAAAAUGAAAAUAUUGAAAGUGACAAAAUAGUAAUCGUAUAUGAUGUGCAUGGAAAUGAUAUUGAUUUGUGUGAAUUACAGAACAAAAUUAUUAUCGUAAAAGAUGAUGAAUUUUAUUACAAAAAGUUAAAAAAUGUGAAAUAUGUGAUAGAUACUUGCUUUAUGAAGGACAAAAUAUAUGAUUACGAUAUGAAUGUUACAAAUAAGUAUACAAUAUUGUGUAAUAAGAACAAAUGUGAAGAAAGGAGACUUGUUUGUAAUGAUUCCAUAUGCUUUCGUUUGAUAACUAUGAAUGAUUACAUGAAUUUAUUGAACGAAUUUUGUAUACCUGAAAUAUUAAAAAAGGAUAUAUUUUAUAACAUAUACUUUUUAAAAACGUUAGGAAUAAAAAAUGUCUGUUCCUUUGAUUUUGUCACUGCUCCAACACUAAAAUCAUUGAAGAGAUGUUUUGAGUUGUUUUAUAUUUUAAAGCUAAUGGAUAUUGAUGGGAAUAUAAUAGAUAAGAAAUUAAGCCUAUUAAUUUGUUAUUUACCCCUAAAUUUUAAAUAUAGCAUAUUUUUAGUGAACAGUAUAAAGUACAAGUGUGUAUACGAAGUGGCAGUUAUUAUAAGUAUGCUAAUUAAUGAACCCAUAUUUUUAUAUAAGAACAAAAAUUUAGAAAGAUUAAAAACCCUUCGAUUACCUCUAAUGGCAGAGGAAAGUGAUAUUUUGAGUUAUUAUAAUAUAUUUCAAUUGUUUGACAAAGCAAAGAACAGAAAAAGUUUUUGUUAUGACAACUUCUUAGUAUAUAAAUCAGUUAAAAAGGCUACCAAAUUUUUUAAUAGAUUAAAAAGAAUUUUAAACAACUUCGGAAUAGAGAUGGAGAAAUCGAAUAAUAUAGAAUAUGUACUGAAAGCUAAAAUAUGUUCCUUUUUUUAUAAUGUUUCAAAAGUUGUAAAUGAUAACAAGUAUAAGCUGCUAAAUAUGAGGAGUAGAAACGAACUGUUCUAUCUUGAUCAGCUAUCCAUUUUGAACGAAUCGGAACAAGACAAGAGGAAGUUUAUCGUGUACACAGAUGCUUAUUCAAAUAAUGAAUCCAAAAUUUUUUUGAGACACGCAUCUGUUAUUGAUCCUUUAUGGUUGAUCACAGAGUGCCCAUCCUAUUUUUCUAACAGACAUUGCUCGAAGCCUGCAGAAUUGGAUGCCUAA